CCAGCAGCCCCGGGGACUGGGGCGGGAGCAGCGGGCGGCUCCCUGGUGGUUCCUCCUGGGGGGGCUUCUGGAGGAGACGCCGUGGCCGCUCUGCAGGGACGUCAUGCAGGAGAAUGACAAGCCCUUGAUCUCGCUGGCAGGGAACGAGCCCCGGCUGGAUUCUCUCUCUCUCCCAGCAGGUUCCAGGACCAAGAAUAGGAAUCCCCAGCAAGAAGAGCCUGCUGGGGCGGAACUGCAAGGGAUGCCCCAGAGCCCUGAGCAGGGAGGUGCUGGACAAAACCAGGGAAGGGGAGGACAGCAGCAGGGAGAGACAGAGGGAGAACCCACUGAUGAAGAAUGUUCGAGGAAGCUCCUUGGCUUGCAAAGCAUCUGCACAGCAGAGAGACCCUAUAAAUGCCCUGAAUGCGGGAAAAGCUUCACCCAGAGCUCUAUGCUCAUCCGCCACGAGAGAUCCCACACGGGAGAAAAACCCUACACAUGCUCUGUGUGCGGGAAGAGUUUUAGUCAGAGGUCCAAUAACAUGCAGCAUCAGAGGAUCCACACGGGGGAGCGACCCUAUAAAUGCACUGACUGUGGGAAGAGCUUCUCUCUGAGCUCCCGCCUGCUCCAGCAUCAGAUGGUGCAUACUGGAGAGCGGCCUUACAAAUGCCCUGACUGUGGGAAGAGCUUCAACCAGAAGUCGAACCUGAAGCAGCACCAGAGAAUCCACACAGGGGAGCGACCGUACCGACGCCCUGACUAUGGAGAAAGCCACUCUCUGAGCCCACCCCAAGGGAUCCAUAAAGUAGAGAGACCCUAUAAGUGUCCCCAGUGUGGAAAAUGCUUCCGUGUGAGCUCGCACCUUAUUAGACACCAAGUCACCCACACAGGAGAGCGACCCUAUAAAUGCUCCAUCUGCGGAAGAAGCUUCUCCCUGAGCUCUCACCUCAUCCGGCACCGGAUAGUCCACACAGAGGAUAAACCCUACGUCUGCAGUGAGUGUGGGAAGAAGUUUAGCCUGAGCUCCAGGCUCGAUAGGCACCUGAGAACCCACACGGGAGAGAGACCCUAUAAAUGCCCCAAUUGCGGGAGCGGCUUCGUCGACAGCUCCGCUCUUAUUAAGCACCAGAGGAUCCACACCGGGGAACGACCCUAUACCUGCCCUGAAUGUGGGAAGAGCUUUGGUCGGAGCUCGUACCUUAUCACCCAUCAGAGAACCCAUACAGGAGAGAGACCCUAUAAAUGCCCCGACUGCGGGAAAAGCUUUGUCGGCAGCUCUGAUCUUAAUAAACACCAGCGCACCCACACGGGAGAGCGCCCCUAUAACUGCCCUGAAUGUGGGAAGAGCUUCAGCCAGAACUCGACCCUGAUCCAGCACCAGCGCACCCACACCAGGGAGCGCCCUUACAGCUGCAGUGUGUGCGGGAAGAGUUUCAGCCUGAGCUCCCUCCUGAUCCGCCACCAGCGCACCCACACGGGGGAGCGCCCCUACCAAUGCCCCGACUGCGGGAAGAGCUUCCUGCGGCACUCCCAGCUCACCCUGCACUGCCGGACCCACACGGGAGAGAGACCCUAUAAAUGCCCUGACUGCGGGAAGGGCUUCAGCGAGAUCCCCAACCUGCACCGGCACCAGCGCAGCCACACGGGGGAGCGGCCCUAUAAAUGCUCCGACUGCGGGAAGGGCUUUGCUCAGAGCUGCCACCUCCUGCAGCACCAGCGCACCCACACAGGGGAGCGGCCCUACAGGUGCCCCUGUGGGAGGGGUUUUGUCCGGAGCUCCCAGCUGAUCCGGCACCGGACGGUUCAUACAGGGGAGAAACCGUACAAAUGUCCCAUCUGUGAGAAGUGCUUCACUCAAGGAUCCACUCUGGCCAGCCACCUGCGGAUCCACACCGGGGAGAGACCCUUCAAAUGCCCCCAGUGCGGGAAGAAAUUUAGCUUCCGCCAGUACUCAUACCUGGUCACCCACCGGCGCGUCCACACCGGGGAGCGGCCCUACAGCUGCGCCCAGUGUGGCCGGGGCUUCUCCCAGCACUCCAGCCUCAUCCGGCACCGCCGCACCCACACGGGCGAGAGACCCUACCGGUGCCCCGACUGUGGCAAGGCCUUCGCCCUCAGCGCCUCCCUCCUGACCCACCAGCGCACCCACACCGGGGAGCGCCCCUACAGCUGUGCCCAGUGCAGAAGGGGGUUCAGCCAACGCUCGGCUCUGGUCACCCACCAGCGCACCCACACUGGGGAGAGACCCUAUGAAUGCCCUGACUGUGGGAAGAGCUUUGCCAUCCGCUCCCACUGCACCGCUCACCAGAGGACCCACGGGGAUCCGGGCGAGGAGCCCCCCUACCGGUGCCCCCAGUGUGGGGAGGGCUUCCGGCUCCGUGCCCCCUUCCUGCAUCACCGGCGCAGCCAUGCAGGGGGCAAACCCCAUCACUGCCCUGACUGCGGGAAAGGAUUCUCCCGCAGCUUCCUGCUUAAGACGCACCAGCGGAUCCAUACCGGAGAGCGGCCCUACCCUUGCCCCGACUGUGGGCGCCGCUUCCGGCAGACCUCCCACCUCACCCACCACCGGGCCACUCACACCGGAGAGCGGCCCUACCGCUGCAGCCACUGCGGGGACGCCUUCCCCUGCAGCUCGGAGCUCUAUCUGCACUACCGAAGCCACACCGGGGAGCGGCCCUACCAGUGCCAUGACUGUGGGCGCAGCUACACCACCAAUGGCAGCCUGCGGCGGCAUCGUGCCAGCCACACCGUGGCCUAGGGGGUGCAGUCAGCUCAGCCCAUAGGCACCCUCCUGGGCAAGGUGCUGCAUUGUCCUGGCUCUAGACAUGGCCUUUCUGGCUGUUUGCUGAGUGGCUUGUACUGGGGAAGAGAGCUAGGGAUGGGUUAUAGGGGGCUAGAAGUGGAUCAUACCAGUAGAGAGAAGGAACGCAGGGUGGGAUCGAUGGGUCAUACAGGUGUAGAGCUGGGUCAUACCUGUUAGAAAGUGAAAAGCAGCUCCACUCCACCUACCCCUGGUCCUGAUGUUGAAGUUUUCAGAAUGAUCUGAAGUGUGUGUGUAUUUUUCCAAGCACCUUGAAAUAGUGUGUGAAUGUAUCUAUUUGUUCUUAGAUGCAGAACUAUGUUCUAUGGCUCAAUAUAACAAUCGGCCGACCCACAAAUUGUGCAGGUAGGGAGUGUGAUGUUGCUAGGCACUGGCGGCUGCCAUCUGGUGACAAUCACAGACCUCCUUAGUGCCACUGGCUCCCAUAUGGAGUAGAGGGAGCCACCGAGACAGGAAGUGACUGCCAGGAGACGUGGUGGGUCAGAGCUGAGCUGGUUGCAAACCCGAGCCUUAGGAGAUCAGCGUGAGUUGGAGCCAGCAAGCCAAGAGAAGGAGAUGGGAGCAUGACUCAGAGAAAGCAGAGAGACAGAGCUUCUUGGUCACAGAGCUCACUGGGGGGGCAAAGGUGGGGACUGUGCUGCAGGGAACCUGCCUGCUGAUUGUUUUCUGCGGUGUAUUGGGAAACAGGGUACUGUGGGCGUUCUUUGUAAAUAAACACCAUCACACCUGGAAUAGA